UUGUUGUGUUUCUGUUACACAUCGCCAUCUUGUUACAAAGCCCUUUCCUUGUCUGGAAGGUUCGCAGAGGGGCUCGGGGCGGAGGGGGCGAUCGCCUGGCUGGCUCCGGCUUCUUUAUUAUUAUUUUUCCUUCCUCCUCCCCCCCUCCCUCUUCCCCCUUUGCAAAAGAACCAAACCCCGACAUUAAAAUUAAGAAUCCUGCCGCGGGGGUGGCAGCGUGGAGUUUCCCUUCUCCACUUUUUUUUUUUUUUUUUAAGUCUCCCCAAGACUUUGGAUCCUCCGCUGAAACGCAGCCCCGAGAAAUGAGCAUUGAGACAUUGUUAGAAGCGGCCAGGUAUCUAGAAUGGCAAGCUCAGCAACAACAGAAAACACGUGAGGAGAACGAGAAGCACGAAAAGCUACGCUUGGAGCGGGAACAGGAGCAGAAGAAGGCCAGCGUGCCUAGGGUUAACCAUGUCGCUCGCCCUGAGGAGCCCCGCCUCGAAAUGGCGGCCGUGCCCUUGUCUCCGCCUGCCCCGCCUCCGCCCCCUCCCCCACCGCUGGCGGCCCCCAUCUCCGUCAUCCCCAUCCCCGUGGUCACAAGCCCCGCCCCUCCGGCGGCGCACAACGCCUUGUCUCCGCCCCUCAUCCACCGCCACCAGCCGCUCGUGAGCGCUCCCGGCCUGGGCAAGGAUCCCCCCCUGGCGGCCCCCGUUAUCCAGAAGACCGGCCCCUCGCUUCUUCCGGACAUCAAGGCCCCCACGCCCCCUUCCGGCAGCCCAAAGCAGCAGCAGCAGCUGCCUCACUAUGCCACGCCGGUGCUAGCUAUCUCGCAGCACCACAUGGUCCAGCAGCCGAUCCAGCCCCAGCCUCCCCCUCUGCAGCCCCACCAGCCGCACCACCAGCCCCUCGGCGUCAAGCUGGCUCCCUCGUCGGAGGACGUCAAGCCCAACGAGCAGAAGAAAAGGCCCGGAGGGGUUGGCACCAGGGAAGUCCAUAAUAAAUUGGAGAAAAACAGACGUGCCCAUUUGAAAGAAUGCUUUGAAACCCUUAAGCGGAACAUCCCCAACGUUGACGACAAGAAAACCUCAAACCUCAGCGUCCUAAGGAGUGCCUUGAGAUAUAUCCAGACUUUGAAGCGCAAGGAGAAGGAGUACGAGCACGAGAUGGAGCGGCUGGCGAGGGAGAAGAUUGCCACGCAGCAGCGGCUGGCGGACCUGAAGCACGAGCUCAGCCAGUGGAUGGAUAUCCUGGAGAUUGACCGGAUUAUCCGGCAGACGGUUCAGCCGGAGGACGAUCAAGCGUCUACCUCGACUGCGUCAGAGGGCGAAGACAACAUGGACGAAGACAUGGAAGACGACCGGCCGGCGAACUCCUUGCCCAAGCUGUCCCACCGCCAGCACCCCGAGCUCUUGAAGGCAGUGCCCCCCAUCGCCGCCUCGCACCACCCGUCCGUCCUGCCUCUGGCCCAGAAGCACGCCCCCCCUCCGCCGCCGCACGCGCAGCCCCCCCUUCAGCCCCAAGCACUGGUGCCUCCCCAGGCCAUCGUCCCCGCACAGACUCACCUGGUGGCGGCCUCCAGCGUGCAAUCGACUGUUAUCGCCCACACGGCCACCACGCAUGCCUCCGUCAUCCAGACUGUCAACCACGUCCUGCAGGGGCCGCCGGCCAAGCACAUCGCUCACAUCGCCCCUUCCUCCGCCUCCAGCCCGGUGCAGCUCACUGCCGCCGCCCAGCCCAUCGGCCACAUCACGGUGCACCCGGCCGCCCUCAACCACGUGGCACACCUGGGCCAGCAGCUCCCCCUCUACCCACAGCCCGUGGCGGUCAGCCAGCCCGUGGUCAGCCACAUCGCCCACACCAUCUCUCACCAGCAAGUGAACGGGACGGCCGGCCUGGGGCAACCGGCCGUCAUGGCCAAGCCGGCCGUCGGGACUCAGGUGGUGCACCACCCGCAGUUGGUGGGGCAGACGGUCUUGAACCCCGUCACAAUGGUCACCAUGCCUUCGUUCCCAGUGAGCACCUUGAAGCUGGCUUAGGGACCGCCGGGCGCCCGGCCGAAACUCCGUACAUUCCAAACUGCGUGGCCCCCCCCCCGUUGUGAAGUGAGGAGGGAGGAAGAAGAGGG